UUCCUUAUUAAAACAUUCUCAACCCGAGAUAUAGUAAUAAAAGUUGCCAUGGAAGAAGGACGGCAGUUGAACACAUGGGAAGGGUAUGUGAAUUGGAGGAAUAGACCUGCCUUGAGAGACCGGCACGGAGGCAUGCUCGCGGCGUCCUUUGUCUUAGUGGUGGAGAUACUGGAGAACCUAGCUUUCCUGGCCAAUGCGAGCAACCUCGUGAUGUACCUUUCGAAGUUCAUGCACUAUUCACCGUCGAGCUCUGCGAACAUUGUUACCAAUUUCAUGGGAACAGCCUUCCUCCUUGCUCUCCUUGGUGGCUUUCUAUCAGAUGCUUUCUUCACCACCUAUCGCCUCUAUUUGACUAGUGCUGCAAUAGAAUUCGUGGGCCUGUUAAUACUCACAGUGCAAGCUCACAUACCUUCGUUGAAACCGUCGAUUUAUGCUUCAGCAAGCACCGAAAUUCCAUUCGAGAAAGUCGAUGGUCAUAAAGAAGCCGUGUUGUUUACUGGCCUUUAUCUGGUGGCACUAGGUGUUGGUGGAAUAAAAGGUUCACUUCCCCCUCAUGGAGCUGAGCAAUUUGAUGAUACCAACACACAAGGGAGGAAGCAGAGAUCUUCGUUCUUCAAUUACUUCGUUUUCUGCCUCUCUUGUGGAGGUUUAAUUGCAGUGACAUUUGUGGUAUGGAUUGAAGACAACAGAGGAUGGCAAUGGGGUUUCGGUGUCGCUACCGCAGCGAUACUGACUUCCAUCCCAGUUUUUCUACUUGGCUCUCCUAUCUACAGAACAAAGAUACCAGCAGGAAGCCCCAUUACCACAAUGUUCAAGGUUUUAGUUGCAGCCAUUUACAACAAUUGCAAGUCUAAGAAUCCAAGUAAUACAGUCAUGGGCAUGGAGACGAGCCCGUCAUCGUACGGUACCGAAACCGGAGAAGAAGAGAGUGAUACCAAGGUGAAGGUCCCAAGUCAGACUCUCACAGAAGACCUCAAGUUCCUAAACAAAGCAAUCACAGCAAAACCAGCUAGCCUAAUGUUACAAUGCACAGUAAAGGAAGUAGAAGAGGUGAAAAUAGUGCUAAGGAUAAUCCCAGUUUUUAUGUGCACUAUAAUGCUGAACUGCUGCCUCGCUCAGCUCUCUACCUUUUCAAUCCAACAAGCAGCCACUAUGAACACCAAAAUUGGUUCCUUAAAAGUUCCACCGGCUUCUCUACCCGUCUUCCCUGUCGUCUUCGUGAUGAUCAUUGCACCGACGUAUAAUCAUGUCAUCAUUCCAUUCGCCAGGAAAGUAACCAAGACUGAAAUGGGAAUCACUCAUCUCCAGAGAAUAGGAACAGGGCUGAUUCUAUCUAUCAUUGCAAUGGCAGUGGCAGCUCUAGUGGAAAUAAAGAGGAAAAAAGUCGCAGUCGAGUUGGGGCUACUCGAUUCCGCCGAGCCUCUACCGAUCACAUUCCUUUGGAUAGCUCUACAAUACUUGUUUCUUGGAUCGGCUGAUCUUUUCACCUUAGCUGGAAUGAUGGAAUUCUUCUUCACCGAGGCACCGACAAGCAUGAGAUCUUUGGCCACUUCCCUCUCCUGGGCUUCACUUUCCAUGGGAUACUAUUUCAGUUCAGUGCUUACAUCGAUUGUCAACAAUAUUACCGGCAUAUUUCGACACACACCGUGGCUUUCCGGAAGCAACUUGAAUCACUACCACCUAGAGAGGUUCUUCUGGUUGAUGUGCCUACUCAGUGGUCUAAAUUUCUUCCAUUACCUCUUCUGGGCAAACCGUUACAAGUACAGAACAUGAAGCCCCGCCGAUUGACUAAAGAUUCCAACUUUGAAAAUGUCUAGGGGAUUACUAGUUGUUGUCAACCAAAUUCAUCAGCUGUAGAAUCCAUAUCACAUGGCCAUUAGACGGACAUGAACAUUACGUAUAGAUCAAUUAGCUAAUAAACGAGUAAAUAAUUUGUCAUCA